UAGAAAUACUUCUGAUUUGGAGGACCCUCUCACCAGUGAAACGAACCUCUUAACAAAUGAACAAAUAGAAAACAUUUUAAUAUGGUCAGAUUUCAAAACAUUCACUGACGAAACAAUAGCAACAACAAUAAAAAUGAGAAACCACUUCAACAAUAAAAUUCCAAUUGAACAAAUAUCAACAGAAACUACAACUAGUACAUCUCACAAUACCCAACAAGUAUCAACAAUACCAUAA